CCACGACGUUGGGUCCUGUCUGGCUGGUCACAUCAAAAGGCAGCCAAUUUGCGAAAGGACUCGGCGCGAACCCCUCCAUCAUAUCCGUCGGAUAUCCACAGCUUUGACAUCGUACAAGGCGCCCCAAGCUCGUUGAUUACGACGCCCUUCUUGUUCCUUGUCUCGUUUAAUUUCUUUACUUACGACUUCUUUUUAAACUUUCGUCCUGAACGUCCUUUUUUCUCACUUGAGUAGUUCCUACUCGAAUUAAUCUCCCGCGACGAAAGAGCUUUGAGUUCAGCGUUGAUAUCCUCCGACCCGGUAACCCCCCGCCUGUCUUUUCGUUGCGCGCCUGUGUGCCACACGGAGUGUCCAUCUUGAACUCGAUUUUAAAUACAGCAAAGCACAAGAUUCCAAAAUUAUGGCGUACAACCGACCCUAUAACCCGGACGAGCUUCCCAGGUUCGCAGAGCCCGAAUCAAAGGGCAGCAACCAGAAAACUUCGUCUCCUGCCCAAGCAAGCCCCCAAUACCACCAGCCGCCGCCCCCUCAAAGCCGAUAUGAGAACAAGCCUGUCCCUCCCCGGCCCGACCAAAGGCCUCUUGGUAGCGCGACACAGCAGCGCCCACCAGUAAUCAGCCGUCCGCCGCCGAGUCCCGCACCACCCGAGACAAGAGAUGGCAACGAUUCGACCCUGAGGCCGCUGUUCAGGGCAGUCGACAAAGACGGUACCGGCCAGCUUUCUGAAAGGGAGCUCUCGGCGGCCCUCGUCAACGGAGACUGGACAGCCUUUGACCCGCACACGGUCCGCAUGAUGAUCCGCAUGUUCGACGCCGACCGCUCCGGCACUAUUGGUUUCGACGAGUUUUGUGGUCUCUGGUCGUUCCUGGCCAGCUGGCGCACGCUCUUUGACCGCUUCGACACGGACCGCUCCGGCAGCAUACAGCUCGAGGAGUUCCGCAACGCGCUCGUCGCCUUCCGAUAUCGGCUGUCGGACCGCUUCACCGAGCUGCUCUUUAGGACUUACGACAAGCGCGGCGAGGGCUCCAUGAGCUUCGACCUGUUUGUUCAGAGCUGCAUCUCGCUCAAGCGCAUGACGGACGUGUUCAAGCGCUACGAUGACGACCGCGACGGCUACAUCACCCUGAGCUUUGAGGACUUUUUGACGGAGAUUCUGAAGCAGCUCAAGUAGUGCUGAGAAGCGACUUGUCGAGUGCGCUGUGGGAACGUAUAUUUUUGUGGGGGAAGGCGGGAUGAUAAGACUGCUGAAUAAAACAUCAAAGAGAAAAGAGCCUAAACAAUGAAGAGGGGGAAUAGGGAUGCAUCAGGAGCAAUGGCCCAUCAUUCUGGGUAAUUUGUAGUAUUAUUCUUUAUUGUUUCGUCUGGCGGCCAUUUCAAGACUCACCAAGUGGCUUGCGCUCAUUUCACGGUUGAAUAGACGCAUCAGGCGUCCAUUACCACAAUCCGUUACGCAAUCCAAGCAUGAAGUGCAGGCCUCUUGACGUUGUUGACCCCUAUAUAUGUCUUGGUGCUUGGCAGCUUGUAUCUAUCCAGCCUUGCCAGGUUUCCGGGUUGCCAGGACUGUGGAAGUAGCACAAAGGAACGCCA